AUGGCUGCAAUUACUAUUUUGGGGGCUGCCGCUGCAGCUUUACAGCUUGCGGAGUAUGGAAAAGGUAUUGUGCUCUUCAUCGCAAAGUUAUAUAAGAACGUCAAAUCCAUUCCCCAGCAUUACAGAGAGUACGAAGCGCAGCUCAAUUUUCUUGUUCAGAUCGCAGAGAAAAUUGCAGGCAGUGAACAACUUCAGUCGAUAUAUGUCCAAAUCUACCUUGAGUCUCUAGAAGUCGAAGUUAGAGCCCUGCAAAGGAUUCUGUGUCAACCGUUUCCUAGCCAUUGGAAAUCUUCGAGCCCAAAACGACUUUGGACACUUAUUGCUGGAGCAGAACAGAGGGAGAUUGAUGAUCAUCUUGAUCGACUUGAUAAGAAAAACACGCAAUUGUCUUUGUACAUUCAGAUUGUCAAUUCAGAUCAGAUAGCCACCGUUCAUAGCAACCUAGAAAAGCUGAACAAGGGAGUUGCCAUGGCUUACUCACAAUCCAACAGAGCUACCUCUGUAAGAGAGGCAAAGCCUGCAAAAAAGAUCUCCGCCCAGAAACCAUGGGAGUCUUUCAACCCCUACCAAAAGCAGAUUUCAGACGAUAAACAGCUCGUCCUCGCGCGAGGUCGUGAUGGAAUGACUUCAGCUCAAAACGCCACCCCUUCGCAAUCAUUUUUAGCAAACACAGGCGACGCAACAUUCUUCGCCGACAUUGAAAUCGACGGCGAUGCUAUUGUUUACAACGGUGAUGUUAAUGAAUGUUCCUGCACUACCCCAUGUUCUUGCGCGGAUAACGCAGUGGGAAGCAUCUAUGCUAGUAUUGUUGCGCGCGAUGGAAUUGUAUUGAAUGGACCGACCGGCAAGCAGAGGGGUGCGAGGUACGGCAAGAUUCGGGGAAAGGAGCGGGCUGCGAUGUGUAAUGGGACUUUUAGAGAUGGGCGAGCGAGGGAGGGGAUGAUUGGGGAGUUGAUUAGAAUGGUGGGUGCUAGGGAUGGGGGAAGAGGAAAGAUUUAUGAGAGAUGA